GAAGCUGUGUACACGGGUUGUGUGCUUGCCGGGCAAGACAAAACGCCAUCAGUUGAGUAACGAAUGAGUUCGGAGGCAAACGUGUGCACGGAUAAAUUACAGAUAUUUUAGUACUCGAUUAGUCAAACCUCUCAAUUAAGCGGAAUGUAACGUAUAUAAAAUAAAUGAAAGUGUCCCGCACAUUGAUGCUGAAAUAUAUAGCAUCACAUCAUAAAAGUGAGGAGAAAAGUAUUUAUAUUUUCCCCGAUCUGACAUUAAAUUAGAGUCAUCGAUUAGCGUUAACAACAUAUACUAGUUACCAUAAAGUUAAUUGGAGAAAAAUUUAGUAGUACUUGGUACUAUUAUGCUUACUAAGAUGGAAACGAAAUUGCAUUUCUAUAUUUCUCUUGAAACAAACUAUAAUCUUGACAAUUUACUUUUAAUCAGUAAUUAAAGUGUAUGAGCGAGCCUCAAAACAACAUCGGUUUACUUUGACCUUAGAGGCAGCGCAGCUUAAUUUUGUUUAGUGUUUUCUUCAUUUUCACCUGCUUACGAUGUGAUUAAUGUACGUAUUUGUAUACUUUUACACGAAAAUGUGUAGAAUGCAUAGAACAGAAAUCUGAUGCACCCUUUGACGAAAUCUGUAAUAUGUGUAAAUGUAUUAUAUAUGGCUAUACGUACAUACGUUUCUUUAUAUGUGUUUGUAAAAGAACAAAGUAAACAAAAAUGCGUUAAAUACGAAAGAUCUUGCAGUCAGUGUUCAUUGAGUUCGUUCUUUGAAAUAAAAGAAAAACACCAAAAAAGCUUAUAUAAAAAUUCGGGUAAUGCAAUUUGUGAAGCUAUAUGAAAUAAUAUAUUUUUGAUAAAGUUUUUGGAGCAUAAAAUAUUUGGAAAUGUAGCAAUAAGAUAAAUUUUUCAACGCGACCAAGAUAAGAAAAUAGAAAGAUCCAAAUGUGGUUACGAUGCUACAUCUAUAAAUGUUAAUUAAUAGUCAUUGGCGGAAUCAAACUUUCCCUGCAACACUAAUGCUUAAAUGCGUAGCUUACCAAACCAGAAACUACUCCCAUUUAUAAUAUUUUCGUAUAUCCUAUGGAAGAAAAAUUUUCCAUUAAUUAUUACAAUUUAGAAAACAAUUGUCGAUUUGAUUGCAUUAAAAAUGCACUUGCUGUGGAUAAUCAGUAUUUUAGGAAUAUCGCUGCUCCACCUUCAGCUCAUUAAUUGCAAUGAUCUUGAAUUGCAUGGCAUCUUAGGCAAUAAAAACGAAAAUAUUGUAGGAAAUAAAGGUGUUUUUAAUAGCAAUUCCGGUUUAAAUGGAAAUGAUCUCGUCUCAAUAAAUAUUAGCAACAGCAUGUUGGGAACAAUAUAUCCUGGAAGCGGAGCGGCGAAUAGAGCUCAAAGUGCUGAAGCAAAUUUUGGAGAAUCAAUUAUUGGAGAAACAGUUAGCACUGGAGCGGGGUUGGCAGAUCGUGGAAGCCUUAAACCUGGAGACAGUGAAGUAACACAAGCAGUAGUACCCGGUCUUGGAAGUAGCUAUGAUGGAAUUAACACUGGCCAACACAGAGGACAUAAACAAAUGAAAGCUUAUGGCCAACAAUAUGGGCAUGCAUUAGCCGGGUUAUCUAAUUUAGGGAUUAUUAUACCUAAAAGUAAAGGCCCAUACGAUGAAGACUUCUCACGCAUUGGUGGGGUAGGCGGACGCAAAAUACAUUCAAAGGUUGAUACUGACGUUGAUUCAAUGGAGACUACAAUUAGCGGAAGACAAAGUACAUACGUAGAACACUUUAUAUCUGAACAUACCAUAAUGGCAGUUUUCACAUCACAAGGGCAAGUUGGUGGCCCUUGUUUAUAUAUGCCCGCUACACGCCGUCAAAAUCAUCAAUGUCGAAAGGAAUUUGGACUUCCCAAUGCGAUCUUUGAAACUCGUCGACUAGCAACUUCCCACUGUGAAAGUCAAUUUAGAUACGAUCGGUGGAAUUGUUCCAUUGAAACGCGAGGCAAACGAAACAUAUUUAAAAAGCUUUACAAAGAAACAGCAUUCGUACAUGCUCUUACAGCAGCAGCUUUGACACAUACAAUAGCUCGAUCGUGUGCUGAAGGACGAAUGACUAAGUGCAUUUGCGGCCCAAGAAAACAAAAUAAGAUCGGACAAGAUUUUCAAUGGGGAGGAUGCAAUGAUAAUUUAAAGCAUGGAAAAAGAGUGACAAGAAGUUUUCUUAAUUUGAAAAGCAGUAUUGAUGAUGAAGUUUCCGAAAUUUUACGUCAUGACUCAGAGGUCGGAAUUGAAGCAGUUUCCACGCUUAUGAAAGAUAAAUGCAAAUGUCAUGGAGUCUCUGGUUCUUGUUCCAUGAAAACUUGUUGGAAAAAAUUAUCUGAAUUUAACGCAACAUCAACGCUACUGCGACAAAAAUACAACGAAGCUAUUCGCAAGGCUCCUAAUGUGCGCACAAUACGGCGAGACGUUUCUGGAAGUAGGCUAAAAAGGAUUAAGCAGAAAAGAAAAAAACAAUCUCAAUAUACCACGCUUUAUUAUCUCGAAACUUCGCCAACAUAUUGCUCUGUUACAAAAGAUCGUCAAUGCUUACAUCCGGAUAACUGUGCAACUCUAUGCUGUGGACGCGGAUACACGACGCAUGUAUUUAAGCAGGUUGAAAAAUGUCGCUGCCGAUUUAAUAAUGGACGCUGUUGCCAACUUAUUUGCGAUUAUUGCCAACGAUUUGAGGAUAAAUAUUAUUGUAAAUAAAAGUUUCAUACUUUUCAGUCAGAAGUAUUAUCUUUGUUAUUUUUUUAAUUAUAAAUAAAGCUCGAUUCAACCAGCUAUAAAUAAAACCAUAUAUUUUGGCAUACCAGAAUGAUAAAACCUUUUUAAUAAAUUAGUUUAAAUAUACUCAAUGUUUUAAUGCACAUUCUUUAGUAUUAUUAAGCAAUGGCCAGUAAAGUUAAUACAGUUUAAAACGAAUUAUUGAUGGAAUUAAAAGCACAAGUGCUCUCAUCUCCAAUUGUUCAUUCAUUAUACCUAUACAAUUGGUGAUGAAAACAAGGAAAAGAGAAAAAAUGCACGAUUGAAAAUUGUAAUUUUAAGAUGAAUUUUUAUGUAAUUGCACGUUCGUUUGUAAUUAUGCAUAUUCAUAACAAGAUAUUUUAAAUACUCUCAAAAAAAAAAAAAGAUUAAAUAAAAAUAUAAAAAUAUACAAACAAAUAUAAAACCAAGCAAUUUUAAUCAUAUGUAAACACAAAGAUGUGUAUAUAUAUGUGAAACAAUCAAUACUGUUCUGUCCAUAAAAUUUUUUACUAAUAAUGUCGAUAAAACAUAAGUAUAAAGAUACAUUUAAUUAUAUUAAGUAUUUAAUGUAAACAAACACUUUUUAAAUAUU